UGGUCUUGUAUGGAAAGUUAUCAUGUGUUUAAUAUAUCCGAAUUGAUGGUUUUAUUCAUCAGAAAUUUAGCAAUUUAAAGUUAAUACAGUGGUUUUGUAAACAGUCCUGGUUGAUAACGAUGUAUACUCUAAACGACUCUGAAAAAGAUGAUGUGAUCAAAAUAUUGCAAGAAUUUGGUAACUCCAUAUCUGAUCGUUUGGAGUCCUACGUUCGCCCACUAGUUGGAUUGCAAAGACAAGGGAUUGAAAAUCCGCUUCAUACAAAUUUUUGUACUAGUUAUGGAGAAUACAAAGUGAGAUGGCGUAUUAAGAAUUGGAAAGAAUGGAAAGGUAUAGAUGGCAAUGAAGACCGUGACGAACUACAGGGUGCUCUUUUUCAAGGAGAUAUCGUAUUGCAAUUUGCAUCGAAUACUGAUACCGAUACAGAAAGCUGUUGUCAAAUGGUGUGAGCAUCUUUCCAUCGAUAAUUGUCGAACAAUUACCAAAUGAUUUAUUAGAGAAAUAAAUUUGGUAAAAU